UAAAUAACGAAUCAAGUUUGAUAUUUAGUUUUUCGCGGUUCUUUGAUGUUUUUAUUGUCUUUAUUUUGAAUUUGGAUUCCCGUUACAAGAGAAAUAUUAUGUUAUUCAUAUAUUCCUUAUUUUAAUCUUUCGAUAUCAGUUAAAUCAAGAUGUAUAUAAAAAGUAUUACCCUUGAAGGAUUUAAAUCAUAUGGUUCGAAGGUGGAAAUAAAAGGAUUUGAUCCUCAAUUUAAUGCUAUUACUGGACUAAAUGGAAGUGGAAAAUCCAAUAUUUUGGAUUCGAUAUGCUUCGUUUUAGGCAUACAAAAUUUGCAACAAGUUCGUGCCACCAAUUUAAACGAGCUUGUUUAUAAAAAUGGACAAGCCGGAAUCAACAAAGCAACAGUAACCAUAACAUUUGAUAAUUCCGAUAAGCCCUCAAGUCCAAUUGGAUAUGAUAACUGUUCAGAAAUUGAAGUCACCAGAACGGUAAUCACAGGAGGGAAAUCCAAAUAUGCCAUUAAUCGUUCAAAUGCAAACAAUAACCGUGUUCACGACUUAUUCCAAUCUGUACAACUCAAUGUGAAUAAUCCUCACUUCCUUAUCAUGCAAGGACGUAUAACAAAAGUACUGAAUAUGAAGCCACUUGAAAUUUUGUCCAUGAUUGAGGAAGCUGCUGGAACAAGAAUGUAUGAAGAUAAAAAAGAAAGUGCUCUUAAAAAUUUGGAAAAGAAAGAUUCAAGACUUCGAGAAAUCAACACGAUGCUGACUGAGCAUAUUUGUCCUCAAAUGGAGAAAUUAAAAGAAGAAAGAAAGGAAUACACUGAAUAUACGAGAGUUGUGAGGGAUCUUGAACAUUUAUCUAGAAUUUAUAUUGCUUGGGACUUCACUAGAACUGAAGAAGCUGUUUCUAGAGCUGGAGAAGAGAAAGGGAAUCUUUUACAAAGUUUUGAGGAUUGCAAAAAAAUGAUAAGUGAGAAACAAGAGCAAAUAAAAGAGGCUGAGGCUAAAAUUUCUGAAAUAGAACAAAAAGCAGCUGGGGUAAUUAGUUUUCAAUAUUAAAUUUUUUUUUAUUAA